ACAGCCACGCUGGAGGCGCGUUGUUGUGGCGCGCCUGCAAGCCAGCGGCAGGCAGGGGGACGGUCGCCAUCUCUGGAUAAACACUGUAACCAAAUCACGCAGCUGAUAUUGUAGCGCAUGGACCGAAGCCGGAGCGUACAGUAGCAGCUAGAGCCGCGGCAGAAGGCGGGGGCUGUAGCUGCCUGCAGCAGCAGCAGCAGCAGCAGCAGCGACCACAGAGGACACAUACGGCGGCUUCAGAGCAGGACUGACGCUUUUGUUUGUGUCCUGCACGUCGGAGCUGUCACCUCACGUCUGAAAAACGAUCCCCCGGUGCGCUUUCUUCUCCCCGACGUGUUUUUUUUCUCCUUCUUCCCCCUUCCGGUUUUUUUUUUUUUUUUUUUUUUUUUUUUUUUUUUUUUUUUUUUUUUUUUUGAGCGGAUGGGACUCGCACGGUUCCAGUGAAAUGGGAUUUUAAUGGUGUGCGUAGCCGCAGCAGCAGCAGCAGCAGCAGCAGCCUGCGCACGGCCGGGGGACUGUAGCUGUAGCAGCGCGCCGGGUGAUGAUCGCCGAGGAAUAAAAGCGCUGCAGCCGAAGGUGCGCAACAUCUCGUUUCCAUGGACAACACGUCCAUAAUAACACAGGUUGCAAAUCCCAAAGAGGAGGAGAGCAUCUCGUCGAGCCAAGACAAAGUCUCGCAGUCCAACAGCAGCCUAAAGAAGCACCGGAGCAGGAGCAUUUUUAGCCCUUUCUUCUGCUGCUUCCGCAACUACAAUGACUACCAUGUGGAGCCACCGCCCGCCAACAACAAGACACUUUCUCUGCCCCCUCCUCCAGAGGAGAACGGCAGUCCUCCGAAGUACGACGAAGUCCAGCCUCCAGCCAAGUUCCUCCUGCCUGAGGUCAGUAUAGCUGACUAUGGUAAAAACUGUGUGGUGAUCGACCUGGAUGAAACCCUUGUACACAGCUCCUUUAAGCCCAUCAGCAAUGCAGACUUUAUCGUCCCAGUGGAGAUUGACGGCACUGUUCAUCAGGUGUACGUGUUGAAGAGACCCCAUGUGGAUGAGUUCCUCCAGAAGAUGGGAGAGUUGUUUGAAUGUGUCCUCUUCACAGCCAGUUUGGCCAAGUACGCCGACCCCGUGGCAGACCUGCUGGACAAGUGGGGGGUGUUCCGCGCUCGGCUCUUCAGGGAAUCUUGUGUUUUCCACAGAGGAAACUAUGUCAAAGACCUCAGCCGGCUGGGCCGAGAGCUCCAAAAAGUCAUCAUUGUAGACAACUCGCCUGCCUCGUACAUCUUCCACCCUGAGAAUGCAGUGCCAGUGCAGUCCUGGUUUGACGACAUGACGGACACAGAGCUGCUGGAUCUGAUUCCUCUGUUUGAGGGUCUCAGUAAAGAGGAGGACGUUUACAGCCCCUUACAGACUUUGAGGAACAGGUAGCAGAAAAGACAGCGCUCCAUCAGAUAGAGGCCUCCCCCCCGUCUCCUGCGGCCCGGCUCCCGUUCUCCAGGCAGCAGGGUGGCCAGACUGAGCAUCCAUGGCGAACUGGGUUUAAUCUGGAGAGAAUGACGCUGCGGGUCCUUGCCAUCUGUUGUCUCCUGGACUCUUUCUACAGGACUCUUACUAUCAAAAGAUUAUAUUACUGUAUGUACAUAGUAAGUGUUUCUAAGAGUAAGAUACACAGAAAAUAAUUUUUCUAUCAGAGAGAGGCAGUUUUACUCUUCUAUCAAGUAAUAUUUUAGUUACUAAAAACAAUCAAAUUCACAUAUUUUGGGUUUUUUUCUUUCAAAACUGUGCAAGUUUUAUUGUUUUUAUGUUGAUUUUUUUUUUUUUUGUUUGUUUGUUUCAAGAACUGUGAUUUACCUUCUCUUACAGGAUGAAGUGCCUUCAUUACUGUGCUGAUCUUGGUCCAUGUCGGGUAAUUGGGGGGGGGGGGGGGGGGGUCCGGAGAAGCAUUGUUAUCUGUAAAUCUCAAAACAGAUGUUGGAAACAAGUCUUUGUAAAAUGAUAAAGUCUGACAUUUACAAAGCUAGCCCUGGAAGAAUUUAAGGUGUUUUAUUUAAGUAGCAUUAAAUUCUUAAAUUCACCAAAGAUGUUUACAGUUCAAUGUGGUCUGUGGCUGGAUUACAAUAUUUCUCCACUAACGGUAAAUUUCUGACCCCUGACAAAAGAUAACAAUCCAUGUUUGUGAUCGCCGUCCACCGAUAAAUGUUACAUUUCUGAUUAAACUUAGAAAUGUAAAAAAAAAAGUUAGCUUAGGUUAUAUUGGAUUAUAUUUAUUGAGGCUAGGAGUCUUGGGUGAGUUGUAAAGAGAUGCUGUUAAAAUUGUACUGUACAACAUGAUUAAAGUUGCAAGUUCGCACCGUCGGCUUGUUAUCACAGUUUAA